AUGAUCUUCGCCGCCCGUCAACUUCAGGAGAAGUGCCAGGAGAUGCGGACUCACCUGUACUCUACCUUCGUGGACCUGACGAAAGCCUUCGACACGGUGAAUCGUGAAGAACUGUGGAAGAUCAUGCAGAAAUUCGGCUAUCCGGAGCGAUUCACUCAGAUGGUGCGUCAGCUGCACGACGGUAUGAUGGCACGAGUCACGGACAACGGAGCUGUCUCCCAGGCAUUCGCAGUGACCAAUGGAGUGAAGCAGGGCUGUGUGCUGGCGCCUACCCUUUUCAAUCUAAUGUUCUCUGCCAUGCUGAUGGACGCCUACCGUGACGAACGCGUCGGGAUCCGCAUCGCCUACAGGACGGACGGUCACCUCCUGAAUCAACUACGGAUGCACUUCCAAUCGCGCGUAUCCACAACCACCGUUCACGAACUUCUCUUCGCCGACGACUGCGCCCUGAACACCACCUCGGAAGAGGAGAUGCAACAGAGCAUGGACCUGUUAUCCGCCGCUGGUCAUCAACACGCAGAAGACGGUGGUGAUGCAUCAACCGCCACCCAAUUCAGCCAAACCCCCCAACGGGCCGCAAAUCAGCGUGAACGGAACCCAACUGCAGGUGGUGGAGAACUUCCCGUACCUGGGCAGUACUCUCUCCCACAACGCCAAGAUUGAUGACGAAGUCGCCAACAGGAUCUCGAAAUCCAGUCAAGCCUUCGGCCACCUCCAAAGCACAGUCUGGAAUCGUCACGGUCUUCAACAGAGCACGAAGCUGAAGAUGUACACGGCCGUCGUCCUGCCGACGCUGCUAUACGGAGCGGAGACUUGGACGGUGUACACAAAGCAGGCACGCCGUCUGAACCUCUUCCACCUCAGUUGUCUUCGUCGCAUCCUGAGGCUGGACUGGCAGGAUCGAAUCCCCGACACUGAUGUGCUGGAACGGACGGGAAUCCUCAGCAUCUACACCAUACUGAGACAAAUGCAGCUGCGCUGCAGCAGCCACCUGGUGCGCAUGGACGACGAGCGACUACCCAAACGACUCUUCUACGGAGAUGUCGCGACGGGUUCUCGCCGUCAAGGAGGCCAGAUUCGCCGUUACAAGGAUACCUUGAAGUCCUCCCUGAAACGCCUGCAAAUCGACCCCACCAACUGGGAGGAGCUCGCACUCGACCGACCGACCUGGAGGAGGACAGUGAAGACAGGCGCUGCGAUCUACGAAACCAACCACAUCGCUGCCGCCAAAGCGAAACGCGAAGCCCGCAAAUCACAACUUCGCCCAGUACGCAACGCCGCGCACAACCGCUUCCAACGUGUCCUCGAUGUCAACGGACAUUCCGUGCUCGAAUCGGACUUGUUGAACAUCUACGGAUCAACUGCGCCUCACGAACUGCACCAAACAUCCUCCCCACGCCCGCCCCUUCCUCGUCCUCUCCGUCGUCAACUAACUCUGAUAAUUCGUCUGAACCACCACUUCCAUCAUCAUCCUCCUCCUCCGCUGACCCAACAGCAGCCGCUCAGGCGGCCGUCUCGCACAGCACCAACCACGACACAACAUCCGACACCACCCCCACUUCCCCCGACUGCAGCGAUGAGGAUCAGGACUACACCUGCCCUCACUGCGACCGCACCUUCACCUCACACAUCGGCCUGGUCGGUCACUUGCGAAUCCAUCACACAGAGACUGGCGAACCAGUGCCUGGAGCACCAACCUAUACCCACCAAGCUCGUCUUAGCUGCCCACAUUGCCCUCGCACUUUCAGGCAUCGUAUGGGCCUAUUGGGUCACAUGCGCAUCCACGACGACCUGCGGUAGACAACCGCCCGUUACACCACACAUCCCCUACCCUCCUCCACCAUCACCACCACACAUCAACACUCACCCAUCGCAUGUACCCAACUGCCACCUUCCACGCAAGUGGGAUGUGUGCAUCUCGACUCGGUCCCCAUGCGGCUUCGGCUGCAGGGGUGACUUGAGUACGAGACUAUCCCGACACGUCAAGCGUCGUGGAUAG